UAUCUAUUUGAGUGAGUGAGUGGAAGAGAGAAACAAUGGAAGACGAGAGCCAUGGAAGUUGUCCAAAUGUCCCCAGCGGAGGAAGCCCAGAAAGUCCAUGCUUAAAGAGCACAAGUAGCAACAACAACAAAGAGCAAGAUCGAUUCCUUCCUAUAGCCAACGUUGGAAGAAUAAUGAAGAAAGUGAUUCCUGGAAAUGGGAAAAUCUCAAAAGAUGCAAAAGAAACAGUUCAAGAAUGUGUUUCUGAAUUUAUUAGCUUCGUCACAGGAGAAGCUUCUGAUAAAUGUCAAAGAGAGAAGAGAAAGACUAUUAAUGGAGAUGAUAUCAUUUGGGCAAUAACAACUCUGGGUUUUGAAGAUUAUGUUGCCCCUCUUAAGUUGUAUCUCAGCAGAUAUAGAGAGAUUGAAGGAGAGAAGCUUAAUAUCCCAAAGCAACAAAGAACAGAUCAAAGGUUGCAACAACCACAAGAACAAGAUCAAAGUUUACCAUCCUUCAACUCUGUAUAUUCCUCAACUACCUCUCUUAUCUCUCAACCAUCAUUUGUGCCUGCUGAUCAAUCAUUUUCCUUAAACUUCUCCCCUAAUUCCAUUCAAAAACAACUACAACAACAUGAUCAAAUUGAUUCAGUUGGGCAUUGGUAAGGGUUCAAAUUAUGAAAUCAACAAAAGCAAG